GCGUGCGCAGUCGCUAGGAUUUCGCUGAGGCGAAGGCUGAGGAGAAGAAGCAGGCCUCGGAUUCCCUCUCGAGAAGGAAAUAAGAGUUUGUCGGCCAUGUCGUUGUCGCACCUGUUUGGGGGGGGCGGAGGGGGGUCCGUCCCCGGGCAGGAGGCGGAGGCGGAGGGCGUGGAGCUGGAGCCCUUCGAGGUCACGGAGUGGGACCUCCAGAACGAGUUCAACCCCCUCCGCCACCGGCAGCACCGCCAGACCAAGGAGCAGGCCCUCUACGGCGUCUGGGCCGAGAGGGAGGAGCGGGAGCAGGAAGGGGCGGGGCCCGGGCAGGAAGUGGAGGAGGACUCCGACGACGACGACGAGCAGGAGGCGGGAUGGGAGGACCUUGACGGACAGCACCGCCACCCACACAGGGCCAGCUUCGCCGGGAAGCGGUCGCGGGAUUAUUCCGCUCCGGUGAACUUCAUUAGCGCCGGAUUGAAGAAAACGGCGGCCGAAGAAACAAUAACCGAUGAAGAAGAAGAAGGAGAUUCAGAGGAAGACGAAGAAGGAGGGAAAAAGAAUCGGAAAAAGCAGGAAAAAACCCCCAAAAAGGAGUUCGUCCCGAAAAGGCUGAAGACGGGCAUGAACUUCAAGCCGAGCCAAAGGGCCUUUUUUGGGGGGACGAAGUCUUUUUUGGAUUUUGGGAGCUGGGAGCGACACACCAAGGGGAUCGGGCAGAAACUCCUCCAGAAAAUGGGGUACGUCCCCGGAAGGGGCCUCGGCAAGAACGCACAAG